AUGGUGGAUGCGUGGAUGCUGGCUGGGCGUCCGGACGACUUUCUGCAGUUGGCGAGAAGGACAAUUCCGACGCUUAUUGGCGCCAGCGCAAGCGGGACCUGCUUGUUCAGCGCGCUGCACCAAGCUGUGCAGUUACUGGGUGAGCCAUCAGCAGUGCCGGACACCGAAGUGGAGCGAUUUCUCGCUGAUGCUGACAAGCGUGGAGCUGAUUUGUCUCGCGGUGUCAGCUGGAAGGUGUUCAGGGCGUUUCUGGCCCAGUUGAAGCGUGUUGGAUCGCGCAUUUCGCUCAAGGACCUUGAGUACAACCGGCAGCGUACUGGCCACCGUGGUAUUGCUGGUAUCAAGCGUCUUAAGCUCGAAGACGGAUUCUACAUUGUGGCCGCCAACACCAUGGGCGUCUGGCACGCGUUCGUCCUGGAGGUGUAAGUCACAAGUACACCGCUCAUGAUGAGUCGGUCACGCGCAGCUUGGAGCAAUACGGCGAGUGGAUCAAUAGCCUAAUGUUUGUGCGUAAGGUAGCUCUGGAGGCUUAAGCAGAUAAUAGAUUUGCUUC